AUGCAUUGCUGAAAGUGCGAGUGAAGGUUCAAGCGAAGGAAGUGAUGCAAAUUCUCAAAAUGUAUGUAUUAUGUGACAUGGUUUUUAUAAAUGGAUGACUUGAGUGCUUGGGACUCACAAAUGAAGUCAGGAUCCAGGCAAGAUUCUUUCGAAGCUGAAGCAUCUCAGAAUGGUGGAACUAUGCAUGGUUCUCAGAAUGGAGGACCAAAUACACCUCCAAUGAUGGUGAACCAAACAAUGCCCAUCAUGCCAGUGGCAGCAGCAGGUGCUCCAGGUGUACCUGGUCCCACCACAAACUUAAAUAUUGGUAUGGACUACUGGGGUGCUGCAACUUCUUCCACUCUUCCUGCACUGCAUGGGAAGGCACCUCCUACUCCAGUUGCAGGAGGAAUGGUCACUGCUGGAUCACGGGACAGUGUUCAGUCACAGCUUUGGCUACAGGAUGAAAGAGA